AUGGGACCGACGGCGACGGCGGCGUUUGCCCCCAAACUCAGCCAGGUGCUGAUGACCCCGGAGCCCCACUUCCUCCCCGGAUACGGCGGCUACUGUCCCCGCCACAAGUUCUGCCUGGGCCAGACUUACGGGAAGCUCACGUCGCAGCUGCUGGCCGCUCCCGGCCGCUCCGGCCGGCUCCUCCUGCAGCCCAACUGCGCCCUCCGCGCCCCAAAGGAGCGGCCGGGUUUCGGCCGGAGGGCGCGGGGCAAAGCCUGCAUGGGGAUCCCGGGCUAUACCGGAUUCGUCCCCAGGGUGCAGCACCACUUCGCCAAGACCUACGGAGAAAUCUGCAGGGAGGCCUGGCUGGAAUUUGCACCCCCGCAGGAGUCAGGGGCCCGGGACCAAGCCAGGGAGGCAACCGAAGCCCCCCAGCUGGAAAGCAGACCUCUACCUGCCCUGCCCACGACUGGCACUGCCGCUGCUGCCUCCACCCUGGCUUUCCGGCCCUCAGGAACGGCCCCCGCGCUGCAGAGAACCUUUGUUCCAGGUUUCACUGGCUUUGUGCCUCGCCUCCAGUUCCUGAUUGGAGCCAGCUACCCCGUUCUUGCCCACCGGGCAAUGGUGGAGUUUGAGGAGAUGCUGCAGAAAACGGGGCGGGACUCUUCACUGAGGGGGGGUCCCCUCCCACCCCUGGCCAAGACAUACCCCACAGACAGCGGCCUCCUGCCCCACUACAGGGGCUAUGUGCCAGGUUACAAGUACCAAUUCGGCCACACCUACGGCCACCUGACCCGCGACGCCCUGGGCCAAAGCACCCUGGAGAAGCAGGUGCUGGGUGUCACGCAGUAGGGGACUCCGCGGCUCCCUCGCCAGCACCCACUCCGAGCCCACCUCGCUGUCCUGGAUGGGCUGUGGCCACGUAGGGCAGGCCGUGGAGGUGCCGGUGCCAGAGACUCCCCAGAUUCCUUGGCAUUCCGAAAGAGACCGAGGUCCCAGGAGGCCCUUUCUCUUCGUGGGAGAGGCAGUUGUUUCUCUGGGGUCCCCCACGUGGAGAGGGGCCGCGACUGCUUCUGAGCCCCCUGGCAAGGUGCAGGAGGGAAGCUCUGGGGGGGUUCACUCUACACAGGAGGGGGAAGGGCUUCAGGGGAGGCCAGCUCUGCCCCCUCACCACCAGGUAUCCGUAUUGGCCUUCUCUGCCCGGGUGGCGCCUGGAUCCCCCUUUGACAUAGCAGUUAGCAAUAGCAGUUAGACUUAUAUACCACUUCAUAGGGCUUUCAGCCCUCUCUAAGCCGUUUACAGA